ACAUAAACAAAAGUGAACAAACAAAAUCCGCGGUCGGCGUGUAAAAUGAAGCUUACAAUUAAGAUAUUAAAAGGCGAAGAAUAUAUUGUUGAGACCACGCCAGACUCCACGAUACUACAGAUAAAGGAGGAAAUCGAGAAGAAAAGUACGAUCCCAGUCGAAUACCAGAAGCUGCUCCUUAUCGGAAAGGCGCUGUCGGACGAAAAGACGGUCGCAUCGUACGGCAACAUCACGGAUGGCACUAAGCUAACGCUCGUCGUCAAAAAACCGGAUCCCCUGCGAGACGUAGUUUAUCGGCACUUUAAGCGAUUUCUCCAGGAAGAACAAUCCCAGCAACUGACGGCUAAGUUUAUGGAUGAUUUUGAGCACAAGUUGCGUCUACUUAGUCUUGACGAUUUAGAGAAAAUUGCUACCGAAAUGUUAGCGAAAAAGGGACAGAGCGUGUAACUGUCCUCCCAACGCCGCCCAACCACAGUUGUAAUGAUUUCCUGUUUCCCCGAUAUUGUUUGCUCGGUUUAGUUCUUUAACACACGUUACGAGUAAUAAAAUGAGGCAAAUGUGUA